CACAAUCGUGUGUUUUUUCGUUGUCAUUCGCGUAUGAAUCGUUUGACGCCAUGUUGGUGUCGAAACGACCCUGUAAAAUAAACCCAGAAUCCACAAAGCAAAUCUCAGGUCAGCCACUGCGGAAAGAUAGCGUCGAUUUAGUUUGGUGUACCAUGGAAGCGUGUCGUGUGCAAGCCGGCAGCCCAGCCCCACAAGGGAAAGAAAGCUGUAGUUUCUUUCUGGGAUCAUUCUAGGCUUUCGAGGAUGCGGGAAAUGGGUGAAUGCGGUGUUCACAGAGUGUAUCUGACAAGUCUUCGCCGCGGCCUUGCCUGUGCUUCAGGUUCGACCGAAGGUGAGACACACACCACUCGCGUCUGUUUCAUUUUGGAGUUCUGCCGUUACGCGCAAACAAUACGUCACUCGCCAUCGCGUCUUCACACGGCACAGCCAUGUUGGCGAAACCCGCACGUCAAUUCCUGCCCUUCCACUGCCUGUCAUGCCUGGAUCCCACCGUGAUCUCUUCACCUUGAUGUCAUGUUUUGCCUUAUUUCCUCCAGCUGCGCAAUCGCUGCACCUUGGAGUGAUAAAAACGAUGGAUUCACUUCUGAGUGGGUGGAUGCUCCACCCGGCCCUCUUUGGUGUGAAGCGUGACUGUUUACCAACCUACACAGGCGGGAAUCGUCGUGUGUCGGCACCCAGCCGACGCAGGACGAACCGCUGUUCUUCGUUAAAAUCACCCCCGCUGCGUUUGUCGAGACGCUCUGCAGUCGUCAGUAUCUUCCUGCUCAGCAUCUGCGGGCACAUUUGGGGUCGGGAGUGGGGGAGUGCGACGCGAACGGCGGUCCUCCAUUCAUUUCCCUGUUCUCCUUUGGACGCGUCGCCGAUUCCCGUGCAGAUCCACAGGGUUGCCAGACACUCGCAUUCUAGAACUUGCACCCGCCGCUGGCAGAACUUUUCCUCCGCGCUGCCUCCUGGGACACAGUGUAGCGUCACCUUCCCGGAGCAUUUCCGGUCGCCCAGAACUGGUUCCCGCCCCGGUACACUGGCACUCUUUGCCUUUCUCCAAAAGCGCGUGUUCUCAAAUGAUACGGCUACGGGAAGCCAUCCUAUUUUUCUCUCCGUCUUCCGUGAAGCUCAAAAGCCGUCUCUUGGCUCAUGCCACCGCAAAACCCAUACGCCCUGUGUCCGUCUUUUCUCAACACCUUCUCCGAAGGAGCCAGGACGGCGGGUGGGAAGUUCACGGAUUUGUGUCGGUUUUCUUGGUGGCUGCCUGUCGAAGAAGCAGGCGCGGCUCCCGUGGAGGUGGGCCGCAGACUACCAGCUCUUCAGGUCCACACAGCAGCGGCACUGGACGGUGUCUCACAGUGCAACGCUGGACAGCUUUGGAGCGAAUUCGCGAAUGCGCAGGGUACCUCGAGAGGGAGGAAACACCUCGAGAGCCACUCGAGCCAAGAGCAGACUGUACGGGGGCAUGGUCCCGUCCCUUCAAAGCGGAUUGUCUUUGCCGGACAUCAUCACCGGGCGGGAGGAAGGGAGUCCGAAGGCGGGAACGCCCCGCGUAGGUUUGAUUCGGACCCGUUUCGGGGAUGUGGAGACACCCAACUUCAUCCUCUGCGGCACCAAAGCCACAGUGAAAGGCAUCACUGUCGAAAUGCUCCGUGAAGCAAACACACAGAUCAUUCUUGCCAACACCUACCACUUGCUAGUGUAUCCGGGUCCAGAAGUCAUUGAACGCUUGGGCGGACUUCAGCAUUUCACCGGCUGGCACGGCCCGAUGUUCACCGACAGCGGCGGCUACCAGAUUUUUUCUCUGCACCAUGGCAGCAUUGCCGAUGAGGUGAAGGGCCGUCGGCGGGGUAGUGUCAAUCGCGGCGAAUCGGUUUCAAGGGCGUCUGUGCCUGGAGCCUUGGAAGGCGACAGAGGUGAUAAGCUGGACGCCGAGAGCCGCCUCAACAAUGAAGGCCGUUUCGACGACGCUGUGUUCGACAGAGACACAGAUGGGGACGAUCCAAACUCGCACUUACUCCGUCUAGAUGAAACAGGAGCCGUUUUCCGCAGUUACCACACGGGACAGCGGAUUGAGUUGACUCCCGAAAGAGCUAUGGAAGCUCAGGCACAACUCGGAGCGGACCUCAUUGUUGCACUCGAUGAAUGCACGCCGUUCCACACUUCCAAGGGUUACACGGCGGCUUCGAUGCGACGGUCUCACCGGUGGGCUCUUCGGUGUCUUGUCGCUCUCAGUCGCCUCAGGGAAAUGCGGGGUGGACUGCCUCCACAGUUCCCCGUGUUUUACGAAAAAUAUCCAGCGACAAGCCAGCCAGCUUGUCGGUCUCCUUCCUGUGACGCCGUUCUGAGUGGCGUCCGGAAACGCUCGGUAAAUAGGGUCACUGCCGACGACUCGGAAGAGUCCACGCGGUCUGCCCAGUCCAUUUCUGUGGGUCCGCGAAGCCAUGCAGAGUGCCCCAUCUGCUCUGCGUCUCGGGACCACGCAACGACAAAGCCUGCAGGGCAUGGACUCGACUCUCACGACCCUCAGGCGUUUCCUCAACAAGGUUUAUACGGAGUUGUCCAGGGCGGCGUCUACAGAGAUUUGAGGGAGGAGAGCGUCAGCUUUGUGAACGAACAUCCGUUUUUCGGAUCGGCAAUCGGUGGCAGCUUAGGAGCUGACAGCGAGCAGAUGCAUGCAGUCGUUCGAGAAACUGCACAGCAGUUGCGAAGAGACCGGCCCAUCCAUUUGCUGGGGAUCGGACGCAUGCGUGACAUUUUCCACGGUGUCAGGCAGGGUAUAGACACGUUUGAUUGCGUCCAUCCAACGCGGGCCGGACGCCAUGGCAGCGCCCUCGUUCCGCUUGCGUUCUGGGAAGACAGCGGAUCCGUUAAUGUCCCACCAUCUGCCUGCUGGGAUUACGGCGACGCGAACACCGGCGCACGCAAAGUUGACAAUGUAGCUCCGCGAACAGGAGUUCGAGCCUCGGCUCAAGAGUUGCCCAGUUUCUUGCCAGGUCAAUCCGCGGCGCCAUGUUUAUCCGCUCGCCAGAGAAGGCGAACGGCCUUCCCUGCAGCAGCGCAGAGACCCAAGGAGUACGUGGACUUGCGAAAUGCUGCGUUCAAGUUUGACGACAGACCCAUUCUACCAAACUGUGGCUGUUACACGUGCAGAACCGCGAGCAGGGCGUACUUGCACUAUCUCUUGAAGGCCGGAGAGCAGCUGGGAGGAGUGCUUGUUACUGUUCACAACAUCUUUACCAUGAACAGGCUCAUGGGUAGCAUCAGGCAAGCGAUCCUACAAAAUAGGCUCGACGAAGAAGAAGGAAAGUGGAUACAUCCGCUGAUGCGGCUUUGAGAACCUGGUGAGACGGGAGUACCGCGGCGUCACUUGUCUAGAUUUCCGCGCAUACCCAAAGACAGAGGACUGGAACGGCAUUUUUGCAUUGUGGGUGAAAUCACAGGUUGGCAAGCCACAUUUGCCCUAAGAUUCAGGUGUCACUUCCUAAGCUCUAUCGCACUGGCUGCUACAUCUUAGUGCGCAUAUUUGGAUCCACCGUACUUUAAAUUGUUCGGUGGAGCCGAGUCACCGAAUGCUGCUUUGUCCGGAAUUGUACGGUAUUCCAGCGUAAGAGUUGAUACGUUCCCCGGCAAUACAACUCCGCCACCGCAUAAACUGCAGUUUUGUACCUCGCGAUGGUGGUCGUCUAUGUGCGCAUGCUCUCCCAAGCAUACAUCUACAAAAAAAUAAUUCAAAAUCCGUUUGUGUGUGCGACUAAGGUCUGCGAGAAAAGAUUGACUACACUGCGCGCCUGACCGUGACUCAGCACAC